AGGUCCCCAAACCCGUCUUGCUCCAAACUAACGUCGGCAUUCCAUCAUGCCCCAAACUCGGCUGGGCAGGUCGCUGUACCACACUACUGGGUAGUGUAGCCGCGUUAAUCCCAGUCCAGCAGUCCGUCUCUCCUGGCUGCCGAAGGAGAAGACGGAGCAAGGGCUAGAAGCUAACCGAAGGGGGAUGUAUAGUCGAAGGUGGAGGUAGUUCCAGUUAUAAUUGAAAUGACGGUGAUGUUUACUACGGUGCCGAAAUCUCUUCCUUGUCAGUUCCUUAAGCCCUCGCCUCUCUUCAUCUCCUCUUCUUCGUUCCGUGGCCGUCAUCCAAGGCUCAAGGAGCACUUCUUUGUAUGGAGUCCAUUUCGAUCCGGCCUUCGUAAAGUUCGCAACUCGGAAUCCUAUUCCCAUGUUUCUUCUACCGACGGAGCGUCGUCUAGUCUGUUUGUGCCAGUGGAAGAACAGGAAGAGGAGGAGAACUCCGAAUCGGCGAGGCUAUUGGAGAAGUUGAAAAAUGCCGAGCAAGAGCGCAUAGAUAAAUUGGAAAAGUUUGAAAACAAAGCAAACUUACAGUUAGAGAGGCAACUCGUCAUGGCUUCAUGUUGGAGCAGAACAUUGUUGACUUUACAAGGAAAACUGAAGGGAACAGAAUGGGAUCCUGAGAACUCGCAUAGGAUUGAUUUUAGCGAUUUUUUGAGGCUUCUUAGCUCUAACGACGUUCAUUUCAUGGAAUAUUCUAAUUUUGGUCAGACCGUCUCAGUUAUUUUACCUUAUUAUAGAGAUGGAGGUGGGGAAGCACGUGGGAACUCUGCUAAAGAAGUUGUAUAUCGUCGCCAUAUUAUUGACCGGAUGCCCAUUGAUGCUUGGAAUGAUGUAUGGGAGAAGUUGCAUCAACAACUUGUAAACGUUGAUGUUUUUAAUGUAGAUUCUGUACCUGCUGAAGUCUACUCUACUAUUGCAACUGCUGUUGUGUGGACUAUGCGAUUUAUGCUCUCAGUUGGUGUAUACGUCUGGAUUGACCGAAUCACGAGGCCUAUUUACUCCAAAUUGAUUCCGUGUGAUUUGGGUACUCCACAGAAACCAAUUAGACAACCCCUUAAGCGUCAUGCACUAGGAUCGCUGGGCAAAAGCCGGGCGAAAUUUAUAUCAGCUGAAGAAACUACAGGUGUCACAUUUGAUGAUUUUGCUGGACAGGAGUACAUCAAGAGGGAAUUGCAGGAGAUAGUGCGAAUUUUGAGAAAUGAUGAAGAAUUUCAAGAUAAGGGAAUCUACUGCCCCAAAGGUGUGCUUCUUCAUGGCCCACCUGGCACUGGAAAGACUCUGUUGGCUAAAGCCAUUGCUGGUGAAGCAGGUCUUCCAUUCUUUGCUGCAAAUGGCACAGAUUUUGUUGAGAUGUUUGUAGGUGUUGCUGCUUCCCGGGUCAAAGAUCUUUUUGCUAAUGCUAGGUCGUAUGCUCCCUCUAUCAUUUUCAUUGAUGAGAUAGAUGCAAUUGGGAGCAAGCGCGGUGGACCAGAUAUUGGCGGGGUGAGAUUUAUAUUGGAUAUAUUGGAGUUUUUAGAUUUUACGUAUUCUGUUAGGAGUGCUUUGCAUUUCCUACGAAUAUUACUGACCUUACCAUGUCUUGGAUUGUUUUUCUGGGAUACUAGAAUGGAUGCGAAGAUUUUUCAUAUGAAUGAUCUAUUUGAUUUAAUGGAAACUAAAUGGAUUGGAGAAUUUUUUAGGUCUGAUCUGGAAAGGGAUUCCCUUCUUCAAGAAAUUGCAGACCUUGCAGUUGAUUUUACGGGAGCAGAGCUCCAGAAUAUAUUGAAUGAAGCUGGUAUUUUGACUGCUAGAAAGGAUAAGGACUUUAUUGAAAGGGAGGAGCUACUGGAGGCUCUUAAAAGGCAAAAAGGUACUUUUGAAACUGGUCAGGAAGAUAGCACCACAAUUCCUGAGGAUUUAAAAAUUAGGUUGGCUUAUAGAGAAGCUGCUGUGGCUGUAGUUGCAUGUUAUUUUCCAGAUCCUUACCGCCCAUUCAUACAGACUGAUAUAAGCACAAUCAGCAGUAAGCCAAACAUGCAAUAUGUUGAAUUUUCAGGAAAAGCCUUUUUUAGGAAGUCUGAUUAUGUGAACUUGAUAGUAAAAGCAUGCACUCCCAGGGUAAUAGAAGAGGAAAUGUUUGGGAUUGAAAAUUUGAGCUGGAUUUCUGCGAAGGCUACUUCUGAGGCAUCAAGACAUGCCGAGUUCUUGAUACUUCAAACCGGAAUGACAGCAUUUGGGAAAGCAUAUUAUAGAAACCUGAAUGACCUUGUGCCAAACCUUGCAACAAAAUUGGAAUUCCUCAGGAGUGAGUAUAUUCGUUUUGCUGUUGAGAAAUGCUCUUCUGUGCUGCACGAAUACCAGUCAGCAGUUGAGACAAUUACAGAUGUCUUACUAGAGAAAGGAUGGAUCAAGGCUGAUGAAAUAUGGGACAUAUACAGGAAAGCUCCACGAAUUGCUCAGAAACCUGUCAGACCCGUGGAUGAGUAUGGUGCGCUCAUUUAUGCUGGAAGAUGGGGAAUAUAUGGACUCUCUCUUCCUGGUAGGGUCACCUUUGCACCUGGAAAUGCUGGGUUUUCCACCUUUGGGGCUCCCAGGCCUAUGGAGACUCAGAUUAUCAGCGAUGAAACAUGGAAACUAAUAGAUGGCAUUUGGAAUAGAAGAAUGGAAGAAAUAAGGAAGGAAGACGUCGCAGAGGUCGAGGAAGACACAGAGAAUCCACAGCUACUGUUGGCCGAUUAUUUCAUUUAAGCGUUCAAAUUACACUGCUUGAUGUAGAACUAUUUUGAGUCUUCUCUAGUUACUAUAGAAGCUUUUGUUAUGCUCUUUUAAGAAUUAUAGAGUAGAAAACAGUUCCUAAUCAAAAAGAUAAAGCAGGGGGCUAUUUAUACUCGCAGA